AUGGGUGCUGUGGUUGGUGUUGUUGCUGUGGUGAGAAGAAUGGCUGUGGUUUUGUUGUUGUGGUUCGCAGGAGAAGUAAGCUCCGACGACUUCUCCGGCAAUGGCUGCAGAACAGUGGGGGAGAGGGAGAUGGGGGAGUUGGCUUUCACUGAUGAAGAGAUUAUUGCUCAUGUCAUUGGAGUGGAAGAACAAGAGAAUAUGAAAGUCGAAGGCGACAAUGAAAGUGUUGAUGUAGAACCUCAAUCUAUUGUUACUUGGACAGGGUUAGAAGAUUCAACAAUUUACCUCUUAGAUUCCGCAAUUGGAUGUCCGUUUGCUGAAAGUUUAAAUGCAAAUCUUCAAGGGGGUCCCCCUGAUCAGCAGCGUUUGAUUUUUGCUGGCAAGCAGCUCGAGGACGGGAGGACUCUUGCUGAUUAUAACAUCCAGAAAGAGUCCACACUCCAUUUGGUGGUGCGAUUGAGGGGAGGAAUGCAGAUUUUCGUCAAGACUCUGACUGGGAAGACUAUUACCUUGGAGGUGGAGACCUCAGAUACCAUUGAUAAUGUGAAGGCAAAGAUUCAGGAUAAGGAGGCUAUCCCACCAGACCAGCAGAGGCUGAUAUUUGCUGGCAAGCAGCUGGAGGAUGGUCGCACCCUUGCUGACUAUAACAUCCAGAAAGAUUCCACUCUUCAUCUGGUUCUUCGUCUCCGUGGUGGCUUUUGAGAAUUUAGUGCUUUGCUCGCUCUUAUAACUGUUGAUACUUGCUUCUGG